AUGGGUCUUCUUAUAGAAGGUACUUUAAUGACAUGGGAAGAAAUCAAGCCUUAUAUUUUACACAUCAAGAAACAAGCAAGAAUGCAGUUCGUUCAUGUGUAUAAGAAAUACAAGGACCAAAAAAAUUAUCCCCUUUAUUGGGGUGAUGAAAGUGAAUAUUCCUUAAUACAAUUUGACCAUGAAAAGCGAGUUGUCCAGUUGCUUUUGGCUGCCACAUCUCUACUUGAAUCUCCUCAAUUAAAGGAAUCAGAAUCAUUCAUGUGGUCUCCAGAAUAUACCGAAUUUAUGAUGGAAGGCCACCCCAGAAAACCGUUUGGCAGUUCCAUCACCAACUUGAAUCUUAUAGAAGAACAUUUUAAAGAAAGACGUAAAUCAAUAAAGCAAUUGUUGGGCCCAGACCAAAGUUUAGUUUCUUUAACAGCUUUUCCCAGACUGGGCUGCCCUAAUUUUACUUUUCCCUCUUAUGAAGCAAACAAGCAUGCGACCGAACUGCACCAAUCAGUUUUCAUUGCAGAUGCUGCGCUGACUGCAAAAGAUCCAUUCUUUUCAAACGUGAAUGAAAACAUAGUGCAUAGAAGAAAAGAAAGGAUUGCUAUCAAUGUACCAAUUUAUAAAGAUAAAAAUACCAUUAUGCCAUACGGAGAAGACAUGUCCAAAUAUGGAGACAAUAAAGAAAUGAAGAAAUAUUUGAAACCAGGCCAUAUUUAUAUGGAUUCCAUGACAUUCGCGGCUGGUUGUUGUUCCCUCCAAGUUACAUUUCAAGCUGCUGAUAUAAAAGAAGCUGCUUAUCUUUAUGAUAAUCUGGUACCUCUUACUCCAAUUAUGUUAGCACUGACCGCUGCAGCUCCCAUUCAUCGUGGAUAUUUAUCUGGUACUGACUGUCGUUGGAGUUCCCUUUUUCAAGCUUGUGAUGACCGUACCAAACAAGAACAGGGUCUAGAACCUUUGACAAAUGGUAAUGUUUUGGUGGCAACAACUCGUUACGAUACAGUAUGCAGUUACCUUUCUGUGAGCAACAAGUUUUAUAAUGACUAUAAUUGCAGUUAUGACCAUGAGCAGUAUGAAUUAUUGAAGGCUGAAGGUGUUGAUGAAAUGAUGGCCAAAUAUGUUGCCCAACUCCUAGUUCGAGAUCCAAUCCUUUCAUUCAAAGAGAGGAUCAAUCAAGACGUUACCAAGGAUACUGAACACCUUGAGCUUAUCAUAUCCAUGAACACACCUAAUAUAAGACUGAAGCUGCCUACAGAAGAUUCUGGAUGGAAAAUAGAAUUCAGAUCAAUGGAGCUUCAAUUGACCGACUUUGAAAAUGCUGCCCUUGUUGUAUUUAUCCUGCUUCUUACCAGAGCUAUAGUUACUUUCAAACUAUACUUUUUGAUACCAUUAUCAAAGGUUGCUGAAGACGUUAUAACAGCACAAAAGCCAGACGCUGUUAAUAAAGAAAAAUUUCACUUCAGGAAAGAUAUUGGAAAAGAAUCUGCUGAUUGUGAAAUGGCUGAUGUUUACACAUUGAUGACUUUAGAUGAAAUCAUGAAUGGCAAGGAUGAUUUCCCUGGUUUAAUUCCUCUCAUACACAAGUAUUUCGAUCUUAUUGACUAUGAUGUCAAUAACAGACGUAAAAUGAUGCCAUACCUACAAUUUCUCUCAGACAAAGCUGCAGGAAAGAUAAUGACAAUGGCCCAAUGGACAAGACAGUUUGUAACAAAUCAUGAAGAUUACAAGAAUGACUCUGUUGUCAGUGAGAGAAUCGCUUAUGAUUUUAUGAUGGAAUGUGAGAAGAUUGUCAACAACGAAGAAGGAUGUCCUCAAGCAUUUAUCAAGCGUUAGCAAAAUCCUAAUAACAUCGACUGAA